UUCUACCGAGGAUCUGGAGAAGAAAGUGGAGCAAUAUGCAACUUAUGACUCAACUGAGAAUGAUAAUGCUGUGGAAGAUCAGGAGGUGGUACAGCAAGGUGCCAUCCACCCAUGGGAUGAAACCACAUAUGCCAUUGCUGAUGAGGAGCAAGAGAAGGUGGGAUCAGCCGAGAAUGUUAAUGUUGCGGAAAGCCAGGAGUUGGUGGAGCAAGAUGCCAUUGACAGAAAGGGUGAAGGCACAAACGGCACUGCUGCGGAGGGUCACGACAAGGCAGUAGAGCAAUGUGACUCUUAUGGAUUGGGAACAACUGAGAAUGGUGAUAUUGAGGAUGAUCGGGAGGUGGUGGAGCAAUGUGUCAUCGACAAAAAGGGUGCAGCAAUGGAUGAUAAUGCUGUCAACGAUCACGAAGUGGCAGGGCCAACUGUCGUUGAUGGAAUGCGUGCUACCAUAGAUGACAUUUCUACCGAGGAUCUAGAGAAGAAAGUGGAGCAAUAUGCAACUUAUGACUCAAUCGAGAAUGAUAAUGCUGUGGAAGAUCAGGAGGUGGUACAGCAAGGUGCCAUCCACCCAAGGAAUGAAACCACAUAUGCCAUUGCUGCUGAGGAGCAAGAGAAGGUAGGAUCAGCCGAGAAUGUUAAUGUUGCGGAAGGCCAGGAGUUGGUGGAGCAAGAUGCCAUUGACAGAAAGGGUGAAGGCACAGAUGGCACUGCUGCGGAGGGUCAAGACAAGACUGUAGAGCAAUGUGGCUCUUAUGGAUUGGGAACAACUGAGAAUGGUGAUGCAGAGGAUGACCGGGAGGUGAUGGAGCAAUGUGUCAUCGACAAAGAGCGUGCAGACAUGGAUGAUAAUGCUGUAAAAUAUCACGAGGUGGUAGGGCCAACUGAAGGCACAGAUAGCACACAUUCUGUCGUGAAUGACAUUUCUGCCGAGGAUCAAGAGAAGAAAGUGGAGCAAUACGCAACUUAUGACUCGGAAGCAAUUGAGAAUGAUGAUGUUGUGGAAGAUCAGGAGGUGGUGGAGCAAGAGGUUGUCUUCAGAGAGGGUUUAACCAUUGACCAUGAUGAUUCUGUCGAAGACCACAAUGUGGUAGAUCAAUCUAUCAUUGAACAAAUGCCCGCUUCUACUGAUGAAAUUUUUGUUGAAGAUCAAAAGGAAGUGGCGGAGCAAUGUGCAGUUCAUGAACCAAGAGCAACUGAGGAUGAGUAUACUGUCAAAGAAAAGGAGAAGGUGGUGGAGCAACGUGUCAUUGACAAACAGGGUGCAUCGAACAUGGAUGUUGCUGCGAAUAAUCAGGAUAAGUUGAUGAAGGAACACAUCAUCGACAACCAGGGUACAGUGCCCAUGGAUGGUAUUGCCGUGAAAGACCUUGAUAAAGCAGCGGCACAAUAUGCCAGUGAUGUCAUCGACGAAAAUGGCAGAACCAAGGAUGAUAUUUAUGUGGAGGAAGAUAACUAUCUAAAGGAACAAGUCAUCGUUGACAAUUGGGGUACAUUCAGUGAUGCUACUGCUUUGGAAGAUCAGAAGAAUGAGGGUGAACAAUGCAAAGGUGAUGAACAGAUAGUGGGCAAGGACAUGUAUGCUGUUCACAUGAAGGGGAGCAUGUUGGAACAAGGGACCGGCGGCAAACAGGGAGCAACAAAGUCUGAUUUUACUGUUGAAAAGUACAAGGAUGUAGUGGAGCGUGUUUGUCAUGAAUGGGGUGCACCUGAUGAUGAUCUUGCUAUGGACACGGCAGCUUCUCAAACUACGGCAAAUGGCAGUGAUGGGGGUAUCUGGAAGAAGGAGAAGGUUAAGCUGCCCAUUAGGUAUCCUCAAAGGCCUGGGAAACUGAACUGCCCCUUUUACAUGUCAAGCGGGAGCUGCUCAUACGGGUUCUCAUGCCAAUUUCAUCACCCACCGCUUAAAGCCAAGCCAGAUGGUUCAUGGCGUCCCUCUGAACAAGGAGAUCAUGGCGUUGCUGAGACCCUGGAACUGAACCGCAUUGGCCUCCCCAUACGAAGAGGAGCAAGAAAUUGCACGUUCUAUAUGCGGAAUGGUGCUUGCAGAUAUGGCAAACACUGUCAUUUUAACCAUCCAGAGCAUGUAAUUGAUGCUCAGUUCUAUACACCAACAGGGUGGGAGGAUAAUGCUUCGCAAUUGGAGAAAUCUUCUGACCAUACAACAUUAGAUGACACAUCACACUUGAAGAAAUCUUCUGAUGAUACAACCUUGGGUGGCACGUCAUACUCAAAGAAGUCUUCUGACCAUGCAACCUUGGAUGGCACAUCAUACUCAAAGAAGUCUUCUGACCAUGCAACGUUAGAUGAUACGCCGUCUAGCUCAGAGAUCCUGCCACCGAACAUAUUAAGAAUGCUCUUACCUUCCCAAAAAGUGCUGCCUAGUACAGAAGUAAAGGUUAAAAAGGAUUCAGAUUGGCCAUCUACUUCAGAUGAUUCUGAUGGUUGCUGUUCAGCAGAUAGUUCAGAUGGGCCUUUGUGCAAGCAGGAGCAUGUGGAUUACCCUGAGAGGCCUGGCAGACCAGAAUGCCCCUUCUAUAUGAGGUUCGGUGAUUGUAAAUUUGCAUCAGCAUGCAAAUAUCACCACUCAAAAGACAAAUACCCAACUAGAUACCAUCCGAAAGUUCCAUCACUGGGAGGGGAACAGAGAGAAUAUCCUGAGAGACCUGAGGAACCAGAAUGCCCCUUCUAUAUGAAAAACCGGUUCUGUAAAUUUGGGGCACACUGUAGGUUUAAUCACCCAAAGGAUUCAAGUCCUACUGUGCAGAACUCAACGAAUGCAAAAAAUUCAGUUGCCAGUAAUGAACAUCAUCAAUCUACCACAACCACACUAGAAGACUAUAUGCCCCAGCAACAGCAGUACCCUGAGAGACCUGGUCAGCCAGACUGCCGGUACUACCUGCAAUUUGGGGAAUGUAAGUUUCUGUCUGCGUGUAUAUUUAACCAUCCAAGAGAUGAACUUCCAGUUGGGUGGAAUCCCUCAGGUCCAGCUCACUCUGAUCAGAUUGAACCUGAAACACAUGGCAUGCCAAAAUGCCCAUUCUAUAUGAGAACUGGGAAAUGUCAAUUUGGGUCAGCAUGUGAAUUUCGUCAUCCCAAAGAUAUAUGUUCAACUACAGAGGGAGCAUUUGGUCAGAGAACUGACUUGGCAGAUGAUACAUCCACAAGGCCAGAGAAUGUUGUGCAGAAACAAGAACAGGCCAUGUAUCCUGAAAGGCCUGGUGAACCUCGGUGUUUCGACUACAUGAGUCAUGGCUCCUGUAGAAGGCAGAUGAACUGCAAAUACCACCAUCCAGCAGACCGUCUCUCUAGGAAACAGUAUGACUCGACUUACCACUGAACUCGUCCACAUCUACCGCUUGAGCAAAGCUGUAACCAUACUGUUUACCGUAUCAAUGCUAUCAAGUGCAAGCAUUCUUCUGUUUCCAGGCGUUGCAGCUAACUCGAGUGGGUAUGAGUGACGAUUGAAGAGAGGAGGAUCUAACGAAGAACAAAAGUUUAGAGACAGUUUUUCAUCUACAAUUAGUACUUGCUAGUCAUGUUCGUUCGUUUCGAAUUUCCGCUUGAGCGCGUUUUAUGAUGUUUAAAAGGCACUUGCACCUUGUCUUGGAUUUCCGCUUGAGCCCGUUUUAUGAUGUUUAAAAGGCAC